AGCCGAGCACCUGCUGCAGGGCAGCAAAACCUAGGCCGCAGUGCAGCUAUCUGUGCAACUCGGCGGCGUUUCAUAGCGCAGAUCACCACUGAACUCGUCUCGCUUCGAGACACGGGCAGAAAAGAGCCGCCCGCGCCGCGCUGCCUGCCAAAGAGCAGGCAAUUUUUUCAUUGCACGCCGUCGCAGCGCUCGCAGAUGGCAGCUCAAACGGAAGCCCUAGCAAAAGUAGACACGCUCCUCAAGGAGCUCUGGCAGCUGCGCGACGCCUUCUUCGCUAGUGACGCAACAAAAAAGAACGAGGCCGUCGCCGCGAAGAUCCAAGAAAUAGUACAAUUGAUCCCGGACGGCGCGCCGAAGGCUCGAGCCGCCUAUCUUAAGGGGAGGGCCCUCGACGCCGUCGAGAGCUAUUCUGAGGAGGCCAACCAGCAGCUCGAAAAAGCAGUUAAGCUCGCACCGGAUUUAGUCGAGGCCUGGGCGGCGCUGGGCCACUGCCUCUGGAAGAAGCCGGACCUGCACGAAGCGAAGAACUGCUACGAAAAGGCCGUGGAGAAGCGACAGACGGCGGAAGCUUUACGAGGUCUCUCCGUAUUGUCGAGGACGCACGACACGCGAAAGUCGACCCCGGAGCAGGACGGCGCUUUUCACGAUGCAUCGGUGACGCACGCGCGGGCGGCGUGCAAGCUAGAUUCAGAGGAAGGCGAGUCCUGGUACACGUUAGGUAAUGCGCAUCUGCGGAGAUACUUCUCGCAAGGCCGGUCCGGAAGGAAUAGCGUCGACCUGCUGAUGGCGAUGAAGGUCUUCGAGAAGGCCGAAACGUGUUAUGCUAAAACAGCAAGACCGUCCACAUCAUUGGAGGGAAAAUGGGGCAACCCCGACUUACGGUUAUCAAGAGGCUUAGCCAGGAGGCACGUGGAAGAUUACGCGGGCGCCAUCGACGACUUUCGGGCGGCCCACGCCUUAGAUCCGUCCCUGAACGCGGGCGACAUGGCCGAGGAUUUAUCAAGGUGGGUGAAAAGGGUCGCGGACCUGUGGGAGCGGAACGCCGCUUUAAAACCCAAACAACGCCAAAAGCUCGAGGAGAAGCUCUACACCAUGAAGGAGCCCGCCGGCUACAAGAACACGGAGCUCUCGAAGUUAACUCAGGUAAAUGCCGGCGCGGACGCGAAGCACUUCGCGGCGAGCCCGAACGCCGGCAAGUGCCUGUCCCUCGUCGUGGCGCUGGAGUUACGAAGGGGGGGCUCGGUGCCCCCCGACGCCUUCCUGUGUUUCGCCUGGGACGGCGACAAGUGCUCCUGCGUCGCUUUAUCUGUCUAUGAUGUGGACUGCAAACGCUUGGCGCCGGGCGCGGUCCUCACGGCGCUCGAUCCGGUCAUCGUGGACGUCGGGACGUCCGUGAAGUACAAGACGGUGCAGGUCCAGACGGCCUCGAAAUUAUUACACGACGGCAACCCGCUCCCGCGCGUGCUCAAGGGCUGGGCGUCGUCCGAGGGGCGGAAGUAAGGUUAGGGUAUUUU